CCCGGCGGGGGCCUGCGGGGACGCGGGCGAGGACGGCACGGACGAGGCAGCAGGCCAGGCUGUCACUAUGGGGCACUGUCGCCUCUGCCACGGAAAGUUUUCCUCGAGAAGCCUGCGCAGCAUCUCCGAGAGGGCGCCCGGAGCCAGCGUGGAGAGGCCGUCUGCAGGGGAGCGCGUCCUCGUCAGGGACUUCCAGCGCCUGCUGGGCGUGGCUGUCCGCCAGGACCCCAGCUUAUCUCAGUUUGUCUGCAAGAGCUGCCACACCCAGUUCUACCAGUGCCACAGCCUCCUCAAGUCCUUCCUGCAGAGGAUCAAUGUCUCCCCGACGGGCCACCGGAAGCCUUGUGCAAGGGUCGGUGCCCAGCCCCCAACAGGGGCAGAGGAGGGAGCGUGUCUGGUGGAUCUGAUCACAUCGAGCCCCCAGUGCCUGCACGGCUUGGUGGGGUGGGUGCACGGACAUGCGGCCAGCUGCAGGGCCCUGCCCCACCUUCAGAGGACGCUGUCCUCUGAGUACUGUGGCAUCAUCCAGGCCGUGUGGGGCUGUGACCAGGGCCACGACUACACCAUGGACUCCAGCUCUAGCUGCAAGGCCUUCUUGCUGGACAGUACACUGGCAGUCAGGUGGCCAUGGGACAAGGAGACGGUGCCACGGCUGCCCCAGCACCGAGGCUGCAACCCUGGGGCCGCCCCUCAAACCUCCCAGGGCAGAGGGACAGGGACCCCAGUGGGGCCUGAGACCAGGACCCUGCCCGGCACAGACACGGCCCAGCCUCCUUCAGAGAGCAACCCGGCAGGGCCCAGGCGGGGCUUCCCACCUCAACCAAGCCUGCCCCUCUUCGGGGCCCCAGGGCAGUUGGGUGAGAAGCAGGUUCCAUCUUCAACCUCGGAUGAUCGGGUAAAAGACGAGUUCAGUGACCUUUCUGAGGGAGACUUCCUGAGUGAAGACGAAAACGACAAGAAGCAAAAUGCGCAGUCUUCAGACGAGUCCUUUGAGCCGUACCCAGAACGGAAGGCCUCUGGUAAGAAGACUGAAAGCAAAGAAGCCAAGAAGUCUGAAGAACCAAGAAUUCGGAAGAAGCCCGGACCCAAGCCGGGGUGGAAAAAGAAGCUUCGUUGUGAGAGGGAGGAGCUUCCCACCAUCUAUAAGUGUCCUUACCAGGGCUGCACGGCUGUGUACCGAGGCGCCGAUGGCAUGAAGAAGCACAUCAAGGAGCACCACGAGGAGGUCCGGGAGCGGCCCUGCCCCCACCCGGGCUGCAACAAGGUUUUCAUGAUCGACCGCUACCUGCAGCGCCACGUGAAGCUCAUCCAUACAGAGGUGCGGAACUACAUCUGUGACGAGUGUGGACAGACCUUCAAGCAGCGGAAGCACCUCCUCGUCCACCAGAUGCGACAUUCGGGAGCCAAGCCUUUGCAGUGUGAGGUCUGUGGGUUCCAGUGCAGGCAGCGGGCAUCCCUCAAGUACCACAUGACCAAACACAAGGCUGAGACUGAGCUGGACUUUGCCUGUGACCAGUGUGGCCGGCGGUUUGAGAAGGCCCACAACCUCAACGUGCACAUGUCCAUGGUGCACCCACUGACACAGACCCAGGACAAGGCCCUGCCCCUGGAGGCAGAGCCACCCCCCGGGCCACCUAGCCCCUCUGGAACUGCAGAGGGCCAGGCGGUGAAGCCCGAGCCCACCUGAGGACAGCAGUGAGGAUGGGACCCAUAGCAGCCUGGACUCUGCAGGGCCGUGUCAGCCUCACCGACUUCCUGUGAAGCCCUGUAGGAGGGUCAGAGGAUGUGGCCCAGCUUUGGUGGUGCAGGCGGGCUUGGGGUACAGAUCAAGUAGCCUUUCUCUGCUCUGGGACCAGUGGUUUAUUUUCCUACAAACACUGAAGUGACUUUGGGCCAGGCAGUUUAUAAAUAAUGGAUUCCUUUUCCCCACUAAAGCAAUUGAGGAGAUUCAUCAUCCACUCUUCAGUGCAACAGGAGCUCCAUGUUACACUUGUAAUAAAUUAUUUACA